AUGCGCAGGGUCGACUGUAUUGGCACGAAUUCAAGUGUGUUGUGUUGUUCAGAGCCUGUGUUGUGUUGUAGAGCCUGUGUUGUGUUGUAGAGCCUGUGUUGUGUUGUACAGAGCCCAUCCCAACAUAACGCCCAUCCCAACAUAACGCCCAUCCCAACAUAACCAUGUCUCUCUUAGGAACGGAAUUGGAGUGGCUGCGUUGAUGUGCUGGGUAAAUUGGUGAUUUGGUACA